ACCACCUGUUGGCGCAGCUCUGGCGCAAGCUCCAGCAGCGCCCAGGCAGGCAGGCACCUACCUAGCUCGACCCUGUCGCCCUUUUUCUCCGUCGCGCAGCCAACCUGACCCUCUCCACAAGACCUCCUCAUCCUCACCAACCCACACUCAACUGCUGCAGCGACUUGCUAUCACGACCGCCCAAUCGCGGUCCUAGCCAUCGCCAUGGCCGACAUCAAGAUCGACGGCAAGCUCUUCCAAGAGCGCAUCAACCACUUCGUCAAUGCUUGGAAGGCCGACAAGCGCGCUGGCGACGCCAUCUUCAAUGGCGCCUCUUCCAUUGUCAUUCUCAUGGGCAAGCUCGCCGAGGACGCGCCCGAAUUCCACAAGAACAAUGCCGUGCACUUCUGGCUUCUCGGUUACGAGUUUCCCACGACCAUCAUGCUGCUGACUCUCGAAACGCUCUACAUUGUGACUACAGCGAAGAAGGCCAAACAUCUCGAGCAGCUUAAGGGGGGGCGCUUCCCCGUCGAAGUCCUUGUUCGUGGCAAGGAUGCCGCCGAGAACGAGAAGCAAUUCCAGAAGCUGGCCGAGACCAUCAACAGCGCCGGCAAGAAGGUUGGCGUCCUUACCAAGGACACUUCCAAGGGCCCUGUCAUCGACGAGUGGAAGGCCGUCUUCAACGACAAAUGCAAGGACCAAGACCAAGUAGACAUCGCUCUCGCGCUUUCGACCUCUGCCUUUUCCAUCAAAGACGAAACCGAACUCAGAGCCAUGCGGACCGCCUCCAAAGCCUGUGUCGCCCUCAUGAACCCAUACUUCCUUGACCAGAUGUCGGACAUUCUUGACCAGGAGAAGAAGGUCAAGCACAGCGCUCUUGCCAACAAGGUCGAUCAGAAGCUGGACGACGAUAAGUGGUGGAAGAGCGUAGAGCUGCCUAACAAGCAGCGCUUGCCCUCCGACUUUGACCACGACUCUCUCGAUUGGCUUGUCGGUCCAUCGGUACAGAGUGGUGGCAAGUACGACCUCCGGCUUAUGGCUGAGCCGACCGACGACAAUCUUCACGCCGGCAUCAUCAUCGCAGGUCUGGGCCUGCGAUACAAGUCCUACGGCUCGACGAUUGCGCGGACAUUCCUAGUUGACCCCAACAAGUCUCAGGAGAACAACUACAAGCUUCUGUACCAGGUUCAUAACCUGAUCCUCAAGGAAGCCAAAGAUGGCGCAGUCGCCAAGGAUGUCUACGGAAAGGCUCUCGCCUACAUCAGGUCCAAGCGGCCUGAGAUGGAGAAGCACUUUGUGAAGAACGUCGGAUCUGGCAUCGGUAUCGAGUCGAAGGACCCUACACUCGUGAUCAGUGGCAAGAACAGCCGAACGCUCAAGGAUGGCAUGACGCUGUCAAUUACGACGGGCUUCACUGACGUGGAGAACCCCUCGCCGCAAGACAAGCUAAGCAAGGUUUACUCGCUCGUCAUCACGGACACGAUUCGCGUCACCUCCAGCGAGCCUGUCGUCUUUACUGGCGAUGCGCCCAGCGAUAUGGACUCGACCUCAUUCUUCUUCAAGGACGAUGAGGAAAUGCAGCCCACACCCAAAAAGGAGAAGAAGGACGCGCGCGUCGGUGCCGUCGCGACGAAGAACAUCACCAACACUCGCCUACGCUCUGAGCGCACGACUCAGGUCGACGAGGAUGCCGAGAAGAGACGGCGCGAGCACCAGAAGGAGCUUGCAGCGAAGAAGCAGAAAGAAGGCCUGGAUCGCUUCGCCGAGUCUACAAGCGGACAGAAUGGUGCAGAGGUCAAGAAGUUCAAGAAGUUUGAGUCGUACAAGCGCGAUAACCAGUUCCCCUCCAAAGUUCGCAACCUUGAGAUUGUUGUUGAUCAGAAGAACGGGACCAUCAUCCUCCCAGUCAUGGGUCGUCCAGUCCCUUUCCACAUUCACACAAUCAAAAAUGCCAGCAAGAACGACGAGGGCGAAUGGUCCUACCUGCGGAUCAACUUCUUGUCGCCGGGUCAAGGUGUGGGCAAGCGGGACGACCAACCCUUUGAAGAUGCCUCUGCACAAUUCGUGCGCAGCUUAACCUUCCGAUCGCUUGACGGAGAUCGUUACGAGGAGAUCGCGACCCAAAUUGCCAACAUGAAGAAGGAGGCGUCCAAGAAGGAGCAAGAGAAGAAGGACAUGGAGGAUGUCGUUGAGCAGGAGAAGCUAGUCGAGAUAAGAAAUCGUCGCCCUGCUGUCCUCGACAAUGUCUUCAUCCGACCUGCUAUGGAAGGCAAGCGUGUUCCUGGCAAGGUGGAGAUUCAUCAGAAUGGUAUUCGGUACCAGUCGCCACUCAGCACACAGCAACGGGUGGAUGUUCUGUUCUCGAACAUCAGGCACAUCUUCUUCCAGCCUUGCGACCACGAGCUGAUUGUGGUCAUCCAUGUCCAUCUGAAAGACCCCAUCAUGAUUGGUAACAAGAAGAAGACCAAGGAUGUCCAGUUCUACAGGGAGGCCACGGACAUUCAGUUUGACGAGACUGGCAACCGGAAGCGCAAGUACCGGUACGGCGAUGAGGACGAGUUCGAGGCCGAGCAAGAGGAGCGCCGCCGUCGUGCUGAGCUGGACCGCCAAUUCAAGGCCUUCGCCGAGAAGAUUGCCGAGGCAGGCCGAAGCGAGUCCCUCGAAGUCGACAUGCCCCUCCGCGAGCUUGGUUUCCACGGUGUGCCCUUCCGCAGCAAUGUUUACAUCCAGCCUACUACAGACUGCCUCAUCCAGGUCACGGAGCCUCCGUUCCUGGUCGUCACGCUAGAGGAUGUCGAGGUUGCCCACCUGGAACGUGUUCAGUUUGGCCUGAAGAACUUUGAUAUGGUCUUUGUCUUCAAGGACUUCACAAGAGCGCCGGCGCACAUCAACACGAUACCUGUGGAGUCAUUGGAGGACGUCAAGGAAUGGCUUGAUUCGUCCGACAUUGCUUACAGCGAAGGCCCGCUCAACCUUAAUUGGCCGACUAUCAUGAAGACUGUCACUGCAGACCCUCACCAGUUCUACGCCGACGGUGGUUGGUCCUUCUUGCAGGCUGAGAGUGAUGACGAGGGUCAGGAGGAAGACGAAGAAGAGUCCGCCUUUGAGAUUGACGAGUCCGAGCUCGAUGAGGCUAGUGAGUCCAGUGAGGAGGAUUCUGAUUUCGAUAGCAACGCUUCAGAUGAGGCCAGUGAGGAAGGCUCGGACGAGGAAGACGAGGGCGAGGACUGGGACGAGCUUGAGAAAAAGGCCAAGAAGCGGGACCGCGAGAGCGGUCUCGAGGAAGAAGAUAGCCGCGGCAAGAAGAAGAGAAAACACUGAAGGAGGGUGCGGUGGUUGAGGUUCUUGGAGAGGACCUGAGCGCGCCUGCAAGGCUGACUCCGAUGUAUGAUUCAGUGCAGAGUAAUAGGGACAUUUGGUGCUUGAGAAGCGUUCGAGAAUGGGCCGGCAGGCCAACAAAGCAUUCCCGCUGGAAGGCGUAGUAGGAGUUUACGAUACAAAUUGACUGCGGCUGUUUCUCU